CAAAGAUCAUUAUAGGAAGAACAUGGCAUCCUUAUCCAUCGACGCUGCUAAUAAGCUAGCUGCUGGGGAAGCAGAGGCAGCCAAACGCUCCAAAGAUAAAGCCGAACUCCAGGCUAUGCCAACCAGAACUUACCUCGAUCAAACUGUCGUCCCUAUCCUUCUGCAGGGACUUGGUGUUCUUGCCAAAGAAAGGCCACCAAACCCUAUCGAGUAUCUCGCAGCAUUCCUCCUCAAAAACAAACAUCUUUACGAAGACUAGAGUUCCAUCUUAUUGCAAUUAGCUUUUCUUAAUCAUACUAUUUAAAGGAGAAUCAGACGAUUUUUUAACGAAACAUCUGAAUUAAAAUCACAGCCAAUUAGUUAAUGGCCGCAAUUAGUAUUUUAAAUUGUGUUAUCAGUCAAUAACCUUACAAGAUAAUUGGACACUACUGGACGAUUUAUUUAUGAAGCUGCUGCGAUAUUUAUUUG